AUGCUCUCCGUAACAACCGGCUUCCUCUCCGCCCUCUCCUCCAAAUCCCGCUCUGACUUUGACCGCUACUGCGUCCGCGCCGGCGGCAUGGCGCUCUUCCCACCACCCCCCGCAGUUCCGCGUUUCUGCACAAUCGGUUCCUUCGUGGAGCAGAUUUCCAGGCUUAGGGAUGAGAUUGAUGAGAGAAUUUGGGAUCCCGAGGUUACGGUUUCGGGGGACGGGGGGAUGGGGUUUGGGUUUGUUUGGGCGCCAUUUCGGGCGAAGGUUAAUGGGGUGGUGAAUCAUGUGGGGGUGGAAUUGUUUGUGUUGCAUAAGGUUGGGGGAGAGUGGAAAGUUACGGGAAUGGCGGAUUCUUGUCGCGUGCCGACGGAGGAGGAGAGGGUUUCGUUGGCUUAA